AAUGGCGUUCAUUCAAUCCAACGUUGAUUCAAUCGUUGCGAUCGUUGCGUUCAAUCUACAUCAACGUAGAGACUCCCCUUUUUUCAGGUAUCAAGCACCGUAGCGGCCGUGGAUAGAGAUCAGUGGGCCGUGGUAUCAACGCCAAGCUGACAAUACGUAUGAUGCGUUCGUUUGCUCUGUAUCAUGACUAUAGAGUCUAAACCUACCACUUCUGACGCUCGUAAAUGGUUGUUCUUGUGAUCACGUGAUAUAAACGAACGGGAGAUUGCGGGAGAUUCUCCGCGCUUGCGCAGGCUUGCGCUUGGCCGUGUUGGCUUGGCGCGAGGCUGACAGGCUGACGAAGCCGACGAAGGAAAAAAAAAAAAAAAAAAAUGCAUGAUGUGAACCAGUGCGAACCUCGGCAGUAGCUUCGGCGGUGUGUGUCGUAUGAAGUCGAAUAGGACGGAAACGGCAAACGGCCGUAAACGUGUCUUCCCCCUCCUCACCGCGCGCUCGAGCAGCUCGAGUAUGCGCUGCUGCUUGCACAACGCGCAACGGGCGAGCCAACGAGCCCAUCGUAGCAGCUUUCGCUUCCCGCGCGCGCUCGUCAGCGUUGCUGGCGUUGCCGUCGUGGUUCGUCUUCGUGGCUCGGAGAAAGCAGCGCCCCGAGUUUGAAGUCUCUGCGGUCUCCUAAAAAGCCGCUCCCACGGACAGCCUUUUCAAGCACUCGGCCAGCGUCAUGUGUCGCGGGAUCGGCUCAACGAGACUUCAGUGUUCGUCCACUGUGCCGUUAAGAUCGCGAAACGCGAGGCGACGUCGGAACGAUGGGCGCGACCUGUGACUUGCCAGACUCGAAAGGAUUUCGCCAAGCUUGGUUCGCAGGCAUGCAAGCACCGACCAGGCUGCUUCCGGGCGCUCAGCUGCCUCGGCGCGUCGAAGGAUGGCUCUCUGUCUGUGAGGGAGACGCCGCUUUGGGAGAAGAGCCAUCAUGGCGGCGCCCAGCAAACAAGCGACCCCGCCGUCAGGGCAUCUGGGAGAGCAAGUACUGCGUCCUGCUGCCCGGAAAGGCCACCCUGGCAUUAUUCCCCAGCGAGGAACUGGCACGCCGCUUCCUGGGGCAGUCCUGGAGGAACCCCACAAUGUCCCCAGAGAUGCCGUGGGAACUUCCUCGUUGGCGCCGUUGCCAUGCCUUACCCGAAGAAAACGAGGCCCUCUCGGAGACUGGAUCCUUGCGUGACGAACGUCUACUUCGGGGCAGCUCUAGCUCAGAGGCGACUCAGGAGCGGAGCCGCUGGGAGGGCCCCCACGGGAGCGUGCCCAGCACCCCGGUCCUGGGCUCUCGGGUCUCCGAGACAGCGGCCACACCCUCCCGCAUUGUGAGCUUCUUCUCGAAGCGGUCGCUGAAGCAAAACCCGCUGAAGCGCACCAAGAGCGUGACCAAGCUGGAGCGUGGCCAACGCGUCAUCGAGGCCCCGCCGCGGCUGCGCAGCUCGCGGUCGCACGAGUCCCUGCUGCAGGGUCCCCCCGCGCCCUGCGUGGCCCUCGAGGGGGCGCGCCUGGGGCCCCUGCACCCGAGCCUGCCCCUGGGGCCCUCGGGCAGGGAGCACUGCUUCAGCCUGGGGCCCCAGGAGGGCCCCACCUGCGUGUUCGCCUGCCGCUCGCGCCAGCAGUGCCUGCAGUGGCUGCACCGACUGCGCCAGGGGACCCAGCCCGACCGGGACGCCCGCAGGCGCACCGAGAACUCGCUCCGGCUCUGGGUGCUCGAGGCCAAGGGCAUCCCCGCCAAGAAGCGCUACUUCUGCGAGCUGCGCCUGGACGGGACCCUGUACGCCCGCACCUCGUCCAAGCUCAAGGGCAGCCUCUGCUUCUGGGGGGAGCAGUUUGAGUUCAGCCACCUGCCACCCCUGGAGUCCUUGAGUGUGUCCCUGUUCAGGGAGCCAGACAAAAGGAAGCGUCGGGACAAGGGACUGUCUCUGGGCACUGUGACCAUUCCACUGGUGGCGGCUCGAGGACAUCAAGCGACGGAAAAAUGGUAUGCGCUGUCGGCAGACAAGCCUCCCGGUGGCUCCAAGGAGUGGCCCUCGGUGCGUCUAAAGUGGCGCUACCAGUCCAUGGAGGUGAUGCCCCUGGCCAGCUACGACCCCUUCCUACAGUACCUGAAGCAGAACUUUGGCGAGCUGUGUCGCCUGCUGGAGCCUGUCCUCGGAGUCCGACUCAAGGAGGAGAUUGCCACGGGACUGGUGUCCGUCAUGCACCGAGAGAACAUGGCACGCGAGUUCCUCACGGAGCUCGUCAUGGCAGACCUGCAGGAGAUCGAGGACCAGCACCUGACGUUUCGAGGAAAUUCACUGGCCACCAAGGCCACCGAGGCCUACCUCAAGCUCCUGGGCGACGGAUACCUGCACGAGACGCUCGGCGGACUUGUUCGGGACGUGCUCAGUUCGAGCGAGGAGUGCGAGGUGGACCCGGCCAAGGUGGUCGGCGGCAGUGGCGCCCUCCAGCGACAGCAAGGGCUCCUACGGCAACGGGUGCAUGCAGCGUGGCAGCGAAUCACGCGAUCGGCUCCAGGAUUUCCUCCGGAGCUGCGAGCCCUGUUCCAUGCCUAUCGACAGCGGCUGUCUGGUGGGCAGCGUGAGGAGGAGCUGUGCGACAACCUCAUCAGCGGAUCCAUCUUCCUGCGUUUCCUGUGCCCGGCCAUCCUGUCACCCAGCCUGUUUGGCCUCACACCCGAGUACCCGGAUGAGAAGGCGGCCCGAAGCCUCACCCUGAUAGCCAAGACAAUCCAGACGUUGGCCAACUUCACCAGGUUUGGCGGCAAGGAGGGCUUCAUGGAGUUCAUGAACGACUUUGUGGAGAAAGAGUGGAGCACCAUGAAGGCUUUCCUCAAGCAGAUUUCGAGCCCGAGUCCCAGGGAAUCGAUGAACAGGGACACGCCCUGCGUGGACCUGGGCCUGGAGCUGGCUCAACUUCAGGGCCUGCUCAGGGAGUGCCUGCCGCAACUGGAAGGCAAGGAAGGAGAAGCGGCCCUCCGCGGGGCCUUGGAUGGAGCGGUGCCUGUCAGGGGCCGCAGGACCGUGCUGUCUUGCUUGGAAGCUGCAGGAACAACGCAGGGCCCUGUGGCACCUCGAUCGAGCACCCUACCCAGAAGUGCCCUUGCAACUGGUAUGUCCCGCGAGCUGCCGGUGUCCCUCAUGGCUGGAGGAGAGGCCAGCCUUCCGGACUUGCUGCCAGGGAGGCACGAGGCACCUGCUGCGGCCACAGCAGCGGUGGGAGCUGUUGGCAGUAGGGCAGUGGGCGGUCCUCCGCUGGCCUUCAGCAACCCCGUGUACCGCUGGGGCCCCGGCCGGACGUUCGCGGAGAUCGAUCCGACGGACCCUCUCGGACAGCCCGGCGAGAGCGGCAGCAGCGGACACAGCAGCGCCGCCGACAGCGACGGUUGCAGCAGCAGCCGGGACUCGAGCCCAUCGCCACGGGGCUGGGAGGCCGCCAGCCUUGGGGCAGAGCUGGCGUGCGCCGGCGGCCAGGAACCAGUCACGGACGACCGGCCGCCCCGUAGAAGUCUCAGGGAGUACGAGCACGAGGUGGCUCAGCUGAAGAAGCUGAUGGGCCAGCUCCAGCGCAAGCUGAGCCUGGCCGAGACCCAGCUCCAGCAGCAGCUGGGGGCGGACGGGUGGGCCUCCGGGGCCGCCGGGGAGGGGGACCAGCAGCAGCGUCGGCAGGAGAAGGACCUCCAGAUGAAGAGCAUUAUCACCAGGCUGAUCACGGUAGAGGACGAGCUACGGAGGGAACAGCGAGAAAUGCAGGGCAUGAUCCGCGCCAAGCAGCAGCUGAUCGACGCCCAGGAACGCAAGAUCCAGACGUUGGACGCCGCCAACCAGCGCCUGCUGGGUGCCCUGGCACAGCUGCGCCAGCACUACCAAGACCAGGUCGUCGCCGAGGAACCGCGAAGGGUGGCGGUCCACAACGGAGGCUCGCCACCCGCAUACCGGAGUAGCUCGUGCUGACCUCGUCCCGCGGCUGGCCACAACAACACCUCUACCAAAGAGACUCUCUCUCUCUCUCUCUCCCCGUGCUGGUGAAGCGUCAAGACUGCAAAUCCGACGCCGACAUGCUUUUCUAACUUCCCGCAGCAGCGUCUGGAGGGGAGGGUACCUCGGCAGUCCGGCCUUGGUGUGUCGCUUUUUGUCAUCGACCAUCGCAUUCGUUUCGGCCGACCUUAAUCAGCCGCACGCGCUUCCCACUCUUUACGGGGUUUUGACGUGCCAAGCGUCGUGUUCAUUUCCGGCUCUUUUUGGCUUGGCACGUCAAGCGCAGGUGCGGUCAUACUUCUGUUCCUCGAGCAGACCUUAAAGGCCUCUUCACACUCUUGCAACCGAGUACGACCGAGAGAGACCAGACCGGUUUUUAAGCCUCUUGCGAUCUCUUAGGACCAGCUCCGCUGCAGGGCAUCCGGUCCUAAGAAGUCGCAAAAGGCUUAAAAGCUGGUCUGGUCUGUCUCGGUCGCAAGAGUGUGAACGGCGCUUAAUUCGUUUGAGGUUAGACGAAGCGGCAGUCGUUCCUCUUUGUGUUAAACGAGACAGACGUUGGGCAGAUGCUGAUGGCGUGCGAGAUGUUUUAUACAUCAUUUUACAAACUUAAAAAAUAUCGGAAGGAUACUUCCGAAGGACUUGGUUGAACCUUGCUUUUUUGAAACUAAAUGCUACAGCAUGUCGUGCAACAUUACUUAGAAAUUUCGGCCAAAGAGCCUGCUCGGAUUUGUGCGGCCGCGCUCGAGUCGAGGUACCAUACCCUCCGGGCUUGAGCCUGGGCUUCUGCGAUCUGCCCGCAUGUGAAGUUUGCCGCCGGAGUUCUGCUUGGCUUUGCGGUGCGCCCAGAGAUCCCCCGUGAGCACUGCGGCCUAUUUUGCCUCACAAGAAGCGUCACCGGUUGCCGUUUGGAGCUGCAUUUAAUGCGCCUUAUGUUUUCUAGUUUUUCUGAUGCCUAGACUCAUUUCACUGAUGGCACUUAGCAUUUUUAUCAUAUGAAUCAAAUAUAUUUAUAUCUAGUACCACAAAUGUUUUGUAAAUAAAUGAAAUAUUUUAAUGGCC